AUACUUUCRACUCUUUUAAGUGGCCAGUAUUUUCUACAACAUAGCUUUCGAAUGUACGCUCAUAAUAUUCUUAUGUGACAAAUUAAAUAGUGAUUUAUGAAAUGGAGAAAAAAAUAAACGAUAAUAAUUCUAGUUUAAUGCACGAUUGGUCUAUUCAUGCGCAUUUAAAAAUAACACAACAGCCCAAUAACAAUCUACCAAUGUCUCAACAACCAUGUUACGGAUUUCAACGAGGAAAUAUUGUAUUUACUGCCCAGCCACCUCAAAGGGCAGAUUCUGGUAUUGGCAGUUCAUCUCGUGGAUCAGCAUGUGAUUGUACCAUUAAUAUAGCACCUCAGUGUGAGGUAUGUUGUGGUAUAAGAAGCCCAAUAUCAGCUAGAAGAGCACAAAGUUUUACAGCACAUUUUUGUACCAAUGUUCCACCAAAAAAACAUCUAGAAACUGUGGAUGUGUCUAGUCAGACAUCCCCUUCUACUUCAACUGUUUUAACRAAGGAAAACGCCAAAAUUUUUAUAAAAAAUCGUAAAUUUGAAUUAGAUAAACAUAAAAAACGACAUGCUAGGACUGUGCAUAUUGAUGUUUAUUGCACAGAAUCUUCAGAUUCAGAURAUGCUUUAACAGCUAAAAAUACAGACACAUUACUUGAUUUAUCAGAUGUCAAAAUUAAAUGCAAAAAGAUAUUUAAAAAAUCUCAUAAGCCUCGAAGUCAAUCAAUAACAUCAAAUAAAAGUAUGUUACAAAGAAGCCCUUGUUUGUCAGCAAUAAGUUCUACAAAUACGAUAUCUGAUUCUUCUUUUUACGAGUCAUCUAGUUGUGGUUUAUCUUCAUUUAUGGAUUCAACUACCUUGGAAAACAGUAGUUUAAACAGUUUCGAAUCCGAAAAUAUACAUCAAAAAUACAAAUCAAAAAACUAUGAUGACACAACAAGUAGUAGUUCAGAUGACGAAUGUUCAGAGACUGCCUGGAGUUUCAAUAGCAUUAGUUCUCAAAAAAAUCAAAUUCUAGCAAGACGCCCAUGGUUUAAAGAAAAAAUCAUCAACGAUGAUAUGGGCAGCUUUAGCGACUGUUCACAAUCACCUAUGUAUAGACAGCCAUCAAAUUCUUCCUUUGUUACAACUCAAGUUGCUAAGAUGGCAUCAAAAUUUGGACCUAUGAAAUCACCCGUAAAACAAGAUCAUCAUGUUGGACCAUCAAAGAAUCCAGAUUGUUCAUGUUUUAACUGUCGCAGAUAUUAUAAUACCAGACAUAGAUCAUAUUCCAUUGGUAGUGAAGCCUGUGAAGCUGAUCAAUCAGAGAUAUGGACAUUGUUUAAAAAAUGUCUUUAAUUUUUUUUUUUUUAAAGCUAUAUUAUGUGUAAUUCAAACAUAAAU